ACUGUGUUUGUUUAUAGGUUGUCGAUGGAAAGCUUUCUCAGACUUGCUAUCUCAUGGCACUUGAUUCUUGCUAUAAAACCUUCUGUAACAAGUACGAGAAAUUGGAGGGCAAUCCGUUUUCAGUUGCUGAUGCCGAAUACUUUGUCUUUCAUUCUCCAUAUAAUAAGCUUGUACAGAAGAGCUUUGCUCGAUUGGUAUUCAAUGAUUUCGUAAAGAACGCCAGCUACAUUGAUGAGGCCGCUAAAGAAAAACUAGCACCAUUUUCGUCUUUAACUAGCCAUGAAAGCUACCAGAGUCGUGAUCUUGAAAAGGCAUCUCAGCAAGUUGCAAAGCCCUUUUACGAAACAAAGGUGCAGCCAUCGACUUUAAUUCCAAAGCAAGUCGGCAACAUGUACACCGCAUCAAUCUAUGCUGCAUUUGCAUCUCUGAUUCACAAUAAAAAUAGCACACUGGCUGGGCAUAGGGCGAUCUUGUUCUCCUACGGUAGUGGUUUGAGUGCCACUAUGUUUUCAGUCCGUUUUAACGAGGGUCAACAUCCAUUUAGCCUUUCCAACAUUGCAACCGUCAUGAAUGUUUCAGAGAAGUUGAAAUCGAGACAUGAGGUAUGCUUAUUUUAGUUCAAAUUUGUGCUUGUAAGUGCUUGUAAAGCUGUGAAUCCUAAGGAUUAUGUGGAUAAUUAGUGGCUAGUGGAUAAAAAGUAUGUUUGACCACCUUAAAUUAUAAUUUAAAGCUUUGUCGAACAUGCUUUAUGAAUUGAUCAAAAAUAUUACUGAGAAUACACACCAACAAGCGAAAGCGAAGCCAAUUUUGGAUGAAUUUUGGACGAUUUAGUGGUUGGAGCAUUGGUGCAUGUU